GUCCAGAGCUCUCACUUGCAGAUCGCAAGGCAAAAGUGCUUGCAGGCCCUCUUUUUUUCAGGAUUCUACGAAGUUCUUCCAACUGAACCACUACAUGAUGUCAAGGAACACAUCUCAAACAUAGUUGAAGAACUGCCUCUGCACCUAGAAAAACAAGAAAAACAAGAAUUUGAAAGGGUAAAAGCUACUGUCACUGGCACUAAAGACAAGCUAAGAGGCACAGACAUGAGGCAUCUAUGCGCUGUUCUUGGAAAGCAAAUGAGAGGUGUCAUGUCUGAGAAACCACAAACAGUCUUUGAUACUCUAACAGAAGUGUCAGGACUAUUGUAUAGCCACCCAAGCAAAAGAUGUCCAAGAGAUAUUUUGCGUCUCCACAACCAGAGCUUCCUUCAUGCCAUGACUUUGAAAGAGGUUAUCAAGGAAACAAAGUCCUUGACCAAUCGAAAGCUGUAUGGGCGCUACUUCCACUCUCUUGUUGUCCAUUCCCCAAUCCAGUCAAGACUGGUCAGUGGUCGAUCUGUAAAUACUGAACAGCAGGAGCGCCACUUUAACACCUUCUCUGCAAUAGCAGAAAAUACCUCGAGCAGACGUCCUGGUGAAAUAAUCACACCCGGCCUAGUUCGUAUGCAGGCUGAACUAAAGCUAGCUGACCAACACAGAAACACCUUGAGUGAACAAGAAUCCAAAAUCAACAGUAUUGCCAAGUCAUCAUCUGCACUAUCCAACUCAAUCAUUACAAACAGAUAUAUUCUUCGACACCCUAAUGAUUAUCAGGCUCACCUGGAGCGCAUCUCAGAUUUUCUUUUGUGUGGAGAGGGUGUAUGGUGGAGGCAAGUUGCUAGUGGUGUGGAGUUUUUUGAUGGCCCCCAAGAGUUAGGUUCAAGGACAGCUGGUCCACCACUUCAUCACUUUAGAUCACAGACAAUAAAAUCAGAAAGAAGUUAUCUACAAGAGUGCUGGGACAAGUGCUUGACCAAUGAUAUUCCAAUUCCACACUACAAAGUCAAGAUAUAUGAUGAUGAUGGUGAUUUAAAAGUGAGCAAGCUCACUGGGUUUUUUAAUGAUGAUGAUAAAGAGAAAGAGGAGGAAGACAGAGCAGAGGAGUGUGAAGAAACUGAAGCUCACAUAAUAAGCAUGCAAGAGGAAGUGAAUGAUGAUGAAACUGAAGAGGAGGCAGACAUGAAGGGAUAUGAUGAAGACAUUGUAGACCUUCAGCCCCAGGAUAAAGAAGAAGAUGGAGAAGUAAUUGAAGAGAAAUUAGAUGACCUGCAGACACAGUGCCACAUAAACACCGGCUCACAUGAGGCAAUUCAUCAGCCCCCACCUGAACAGCCUGUCUCUCACAACCAGUCUGUUAGUCAAGCUCAAUCAUCUUUUACUUUAAAAUCAACUCUGGCUAAUAAUGUUCUCAAAUGCAUCCCAAGUGAUUCUCAUGCUGUGAGAACUCUGGACAAGGCUAGGACACAAUUGAGAGAGCAUCCCUUUGAUAAGGAUAUCCAAAGGAAAUACGAAACCACACUGGCUAAAAUCAAAACAAAAGUGCUCUCAGCUCAUUCCCAGCUCAAAGAAGAAGUAAUGCGCUGGGAAAAAACGUUCUUCCUUCGAAAAUGCACUGAACCCACAUCAGAUGACAUUUCUGAAGACCCCAAAAUAAGUAAAGUCAAGCAAAAAUUAUAUCUUUGUCGCAAACUACUAAAGCACUGGAAAAUCACUGCUUAAAAUUGUGAGCCUACAUUUCUGUGACUUUUUGUAAAUAAUAUAUCUGUCUGACAUAAAUCAAUGCUUUUAUCGCGGCUAUGUUUUUAUAAUUUAACGACAAACAGAACAUGUCACGAUUAAAGCCUGUAAUUUUAUUUAAGCUUACUUAAUAGUCCUCAGAUAAGAAUGUAAUAUAGAUUAUUUUAUAACAAAAUUAUAGAGUUUAGAGGAGCCUUCCAUCAGAAAAAUGCUACAUUUUUAAUAAAAAUGACGGCUCGUCUCAUAAAUAUAGAUUUAGAAUUCCCUCAUCGAUGAAUUAUGUUGUUUGCUCUACA